AUGAAUAUUGGAGGCCUCUGGCCUUGGGUGAUGGGUCUGCUCUUUUUGCCGGGUCUGAUCCUAGGAGCACCCUCAGUCUCUAGCUCCCCAGAAGCAUGUGGAACCAGCUUCUCAGAGGACCUCAACCCUGAGGAGGAGACCCAGACAUCCUGGGACAAGGACAUCCCUGCGAUUAACCAAGGGCUCAUCCCAGAGGAAACUCCAGAGAGCAGCUUUCUCCUCGAGGGGGAUAUCCUUCGGCCAAGUCCCUUCCGGCUGUUUUCCACUACCAGCAACAAGUGGCCUAAGAACGGGGAGGUUGUAGAGGUCCCCUUCCUGCUCUCCAGCAAGUAUGAUAAACCCAGCCGUGAGGUCCUCCUGAAGGCAUUUGCAGAGUUUGAGCGCUUGACGUGCAUCAGGUUUGUCGCCUACGAGGGCCAGAGAGACUUCAUUUCCAUUAUCCCCAUGUCUGGGUGUUUCUCCAGUGUGGGACGCAGUGGCGGGAUGCAGGUGGUAUCCUUGGCACCUACCUGUCUCCAGAGAGGCCCAGGCAUUGUCUUGCAUGAACUCAUGCAUGUGCUGGGCUUCUGGCAUGAGCACUCACGGGCUGAUCGGGACCAGUACAUUCGUAUCAACUGGAAUGAGAUCAUCCCAGGCUUUGAAAUCAACUUCAUCAAAUCUCGGAGCAGCAACAUGCUAGUGCCCUAUGACUACUCGUCAGUGAUGCACUAUGGGAGGCUUGCCUUCAGCCGGCGUGGGCUGCCCACCAUUACACCGCUCUGGGCUUCCGAUGUCCAUAUUGGCCAGCGAUGGAACCUGAGCACCUCGGACAUCACACGAGUACUCAAGCUUUAUGACUGCAAUCCUAGUGGUCAAGGCACCCAUGGGAGAGGGUUCCAGCCCCACAGCGAUGCUAGGAGCCCUACUCCUGCCUCUAGACCAUACCUGCAGCAGCUUCUGAAGGCACUGUUGGCACAAUCUGGGAGCCCCGACCCCAGUGGCUCCAAGGCAAGAGGCCAGCGUGUGGUUGCAGUGCCCGGAGAGAGCCCCCGUAGCUGGGAGCUCCCUGCGCUGAGGGAGGUGGGUGGGGAGGCCUCUGCAGGGCUGCUUCAGAUCCCAGCUUCCUCCCUAAACUCACGGCCUGGAGCAGGUGUUCCUGGGAUUUCUCUAGAGACCUCCUGGCUGGCCCAAGUGCCCUCUGUACCCCCAACCACAGCUCCAGAAGCAGAAGACCAGCUGAUGCCCAACCAGGACGCUUUAGGGAACUCAGCUCUGCCAGGAGCUCGUUGGUGGAAGGUUCCCGCUGCAGGGAUGCUGCCCUAUGGGUUGGUGGCUGGGAAUGCAUUAAGGCGGCUCCUGCUGCUGGAGGCUCUGGCUCUGGGUCUGGGUCUGGGAUUGAGGUCGGCCAGCCCCGGUGGAAUGGAAUGGCAACAGAAGGGCCCCCCAGGACGCUGCGACCGGCGGGGCCUCCGGGUGCCCGCGAGCUGCAGACAGCGGGCGGCGGCAGGGGGCGCCCGCGACCCGGCCACGGACGCCUCCCAAGGCUCCGCAGGUCCGACGGGGUCCGGUCGGGGCAAGGAAGCCCUCGCGGAAGGGGCGCCGGGCAGUCUCCCCGCUCCCCCCACCCCACCCACUCGGCUUGCUUCUCCGGCGUGGUUCAUUACGCCCCGGGGCCCCACCCAGCCACUUCUCCUUGGGGCCCCUGGGCGGCGGGGGCAGGGAGCGGCCGGCGCCCACCGUCCUGGCUGCGGUGCUCGGGCCGGGACUGCUGCAGAGAGGUCCCGCCUCGGUCCCAGCUCCCCGUUCGCUCCUGCAAGCAUCCUUCCCGGAGUCCCGAGGACCCCAGACGCCGGUCGCCCCGACUUCCCGUGGCGCGGAGGCCGGGAGGAGGAGGGGCAGGAGCGCCAGGGCAGAGGCGCGGGGCGCCAGGGCGCGGGGCGGCUGCGGCGGGCCGGGCCUCCCGCCGGGCGCACCUUCCGCGCGCCCCGGGUCCGCCCGGCCGCGCCCCGCCUCCUCCCUGCCCGCCUCCCUGCCCGCCUCCUGCCCGCCUCCCUGCCCGCCUCCCGCUCCCGCUCCCGCUCCCCCCGCCUCCUCCCGUCUCCUCCCCCCUGCGCGCCCGCUCUCCUCGCAUUCCCCUGCCGCGCGGGCUGCCUGCAGGCGCGGCUCCCGGCUAAGCCCGCGAGCCGACCCCGACAACCGGUGGCGCGGCCCCGGCUCGGCCGCAGGGCCCGGCGCCCCCGCGCGCGUCCGGCAGCCCCGCGGCGGGAGGGCUCAACUUUCCUCCGGUCCCGGGCGGGGCGGGGCGGGGCGGGGCGGGCCGGCGGCGGGGCAACUUGA